AUGCCUGAAACGAGCAAGGCUCCAAAAAGAAGGUUUGUGGGAUCAAGGAAAAAAAAUGUGGACGUUAUUCCUAAUGCUGAUGGAAAUGUAUCAACAAUCAUUCAUACUCCUAGAAGACCAGCUACUGGUAAGGCUCUAAAUACUAUUCCUGAUGAUAUAUUAAAUGAUGAGGAGUUAAAUGAAGCAAUAAAGCUAUUGCCCAACAAUUAUAACUUUGAAUUACACAAGACGAUAUGGAACAUUAAAAAAUCUAAUGCCAAAAGAGUUGCUUUACAAAUGCCUGAAGGUUUACUAAUAUAUUCAUUAAUUAUCAGCGAUAUAUUAGAACAAUUUUGUGAAUGUGAAACUGUGGUGAUGGGAGAUGUCUCCUACGGUGCUUGUUGUAUUGAUGAUUUUACGGCAAGAUCGUUAGACUGUGAUUUUAUUGUACAUUAUGCUCAUUCUUGUUUGGUGCCAAUCGAUGUGACUACUAUUAAAGUUUUAUAUGUUUUUGUAACUAUUUACAUCGAAGAACAGCAUAUUAUUAAAACUUUGCAAAAAAAUUUCAAAGGAGGUUCCCGUAUCGCAACCUUUAGUACAAUUCAGUUCAAUCCAACUGUUCAUAGCAUCAAAGAUAAAUUAAAGAAUGACAAAGAACAUGUGUUAUAUAUUAUCCCACCUCAAAUAAAGCCCCUUUCUAAAGGUGAAGUUUUGGGUUGCACUUCUCAAAGGUUGGAUAAAAAUCAAAUAGAUUAUAUGUUAUAUAUUGGUGACGGUAGAUUUCAUUUAGAAUCGCCAAUGAUUCACAAUCCUGGAAUUCCGGCCUUUCGUUACGAUCCAUAUAGCAGGAAAUUCACAAGAGAAACGUAUGACCAAUCUGAAUUGGUAGAAGUUCGUUCGGAAGCUAUUGAAAGUGCACGUUCAGCUCAAACAGUUGGUUUAAUUCUAGGUGCUUUAGGAAGACAAGGUAACUUAGCAACUGUUGAAAAUCUUGAAGCUAAAUUAAAGAAAGCCGGUAAGAAAAUUGUAAAGAUUAUUUUAAGUGAAAUUUUUCCGCAAAAGUUAGCUAUGUUCGAUAAAAUAGAUGCUUUCAUUCAGGUAGCAUGUCCAAGGUUAUCUAUAGAUUGGGGUUACGCCUUCAAUAAGCCAUUAUUAACACCAUAUGAAGCCAAUGUGUUAUUAAAUUUUGAUGUUAUGUUCACUAAGGAUUAUUAUCCUAUGGACUAUUAUGAAGAAAAUGGUUACGGUAGAGGGCGUAUCCCAGAGCAUGCCAUCGAAACUGAUAUUUAA